ACGGCAUGUGGAGGUGUUCUCUGAAGUUAUGGAACAAAUCAGAUGUGAGACGCAAGAACCUUUUAAAGCUCAGUCAUCCAAGUUCAGCCUUGAACUGACUGACCAGAUUUCGGGGUGGUCUGCCAGAGCCCCGCCUCCUCUUUGUGCUCUAAGAAGACUUAGCGGGGCAGAACUCGCAGCGGGAGCUAAAGAGGGGAGGGGGGCCGUUUCUGCUCAAGGCUGGGCUUGCUGAGCCGCUUUCCCGGCUUCAGCAGUCUGUGCACUUGACUCGGACUUCUUGGGAACAGCCAAGUGAUUUAAAGCCCGAAAGGAGAUGAGCAAUCCUCGAGACUCAGGCAGAAAAAGUCCCAGCGACACAGGAAGCCAUCUGGUUCCUGAUGCAUAACUAGUCGGGAGUGUCAGCUCUGUCUGACACUGACCUCGCUCUGCCGUGGCAUCUUCGAGCAGCUGCUGGGCUCCUCACCGGGCUCCCUUCUCUUUCUUCACUGGCUGAUGGAUCUCAAGGGGCUCCUAUCCUUGAACUUCCUGCUGUUUCUCUCCCUGGCUUUUGAGCUGAGCUGUGGAACAGGUGAGAGCUUGAUGACUUGUCAAGAGGUCACCGAGCAGUUGGGAAGAAAUUUGCUGCUGCCCCUGGCGUCUGAAGGCAUAAGUAAGAGCAUGAACAAGAGUAUCCACAUCCUGGUCACAAAGUCAGAAUCACCGCAAAAAAAUGUCAAGACGAAAAUAGUGUCUCUGAGUCUGCCGGAAAGGGCCUCUCCACGCUUUCUGGAAAAUGGCUAUAAAUUCCAUCCGGAGAACCUGAAGCUGGAGAUCCUGCAAAGCAAGAAGGAAACUGAGGGCUGGUACUUCACGACCCUGGAGGAGAACUUUUCAGUUCGCCAUUUUUGCCUGCAGCUGAAGCUCUUUGAACAGGUCUCCACUCCGGAAAUAAAGGUGUUGAACUGGACCCAGGAGAACGGAAACUGCAGCUUGACGCUGGCCUGCGAAGUGGAGAAGGGGGACCAUGUGGCUUACAGCUGGAGGGAGGAGACGGGCGCCGACCCACCGAUCUCAGCCAACAGCUCCCACCUGCACCUCAGCCUGGGCCCUCAGCACGUCCACAACGUCUACGUCUGCACCGUGAGCAACCCCAUCAGCAACCACUCGCAGACCUUCACCCCGGGGUCCGUGUGCAUGCCGGAUCCUCCAGAACUAAGACCCUGGGGACUGUAUGUCGGGCUGUCCUCAGGGGCCAUCAUUGGUGUCAUCUUGACGCUCAAAGUAGCAGUGCUGCUGUUGAGAAGAAGAGGUAAAGCAAAUCAUUCCCAGCCAACCACAGAAGCAAAAAGCCUUACUAUCUAUGCCCAAGUCCAGAAAUCAGGUUCCAUUCAGAAGAAACCUGAUGCCCCGUCAGCUCAGGACCCCUGCACCACCAUUUAUGUCGCUGCCACAGAACCUGUCCCAGAGCCUGUCCAGCCUGUGAAGCCAGUGCCUGAACCCACAGACUUCUGUUUUGCCCUCAGGAACCAAAGUCCAUCACAGUCUACGCCAGCGUGACACUGCCGGAGAGCUGACCCCAGAGACUCAGUGAAGGGACUUUCCGCAGCAACGUGGAGGGGCCCGGAUAAGCACCGCGCGUGGCCCCAGGUCCCAAGCUCCCCGCGACACUGUGCACAUCUGCCUUCUUCUCAGAUCGACGCCCUGGUGACGCUUCUUCCACAGCCACCCGGGGGAUGGACGAGGGGCCGAGGCUUUCCAAGCGCUCAGCCUGCCCCUCAGGGCUCAGGCCCGGAACAGAGACCUACUUGGUGCAGCUUUCCAGCUCUGUGGUGUAGCAGACGGAAUGAGUCACGUGGGUCCCGUGAGCUCCGUCCUCCAGGAGUCUUGCCCCUUGCCUGGACCGGACGAUAAGAGCCAAAGGCGGGAAGCUGGGGCCCCCAGUGCCUCCCAGGCAGCUGCCCACCAGCCACGAAGCCUGGGACAGCUCACGUGCCCAUGCCUGGUCCUGGGAGCCGACCCCGCUCCCCACGCAGCCCCGAUCAGGGCCCUGUGCCUCACUUUCCCCCUCUGGACGGGCAGUGAAGGGUGAACUCCUUAUUAUAGGUAGAACACUCUGGGAUUAUUCUAUGAAAGAAGCUAAUAGAGUCAGUACUUUAUUUGCAAAACCCAGAAGCUGAAGGGUCAAUAAACCAACAGCAAGA